GUAUUUCACCCAAGCACAGGGGGCUCUGCUGGACCCCACUCAGAGAGCCCUCUACAGGGAUGUCAUGCAAGAGAACUACAAGACAGUGACCUCGCUGGGUCACUUUUACUGAACGGUUCAGCUAUAGUUACCACUUGGACCAGAUCCUGUCCUCCACUUCGGACUAAAUCAAGAAUUGCCUCUCCCCUGGCGGGCUUGAGGACUAGCUGCUCCAAGAAGCAAUAAUUUAUGGCAGUGGUUCUCAAACAUUUUUUCCGUGGACCAUUUGAAAAUUGCUGAAGGUCUCGGUGGACCAUGUAAUGAUCUUUCCAAAUGUUGAUUGUACCAUUAGCUAUGGAUUCCCCAUUCCCAAACCUGAGCUGAUCGCCCGGCUGGAACGAGAGGAAGAGCCGUGGGUCCCAGAUCUCCAGGCCACGAAGGAAAGAGAGAGCCCGAGAGGCACCUGCACAGGCAGUGACUCCUGGGUUCUCUCUCUUCCAGCAGGUGAUAGGACAGUGAGUGAGAACAAGGAGGAGAAUCAGCAGCAGGAAGGUCCUGGGAAAGUGGAACCGCAGGAGACGUGUUUGAGAAGAGCUGAAGGGAAUUUUUCCCAGGACUUGGAACAGGGAAAAGUCUGGGGAGAUCGACACAGAUCAGAGAUGCAGGGGGGAAAUUAUCCCAGGAGGAAACUGGAUGAAUCCAUUCAAUAUGAGGCAACAUGCAAAGAUCCCAAGGAAACCACAGCCCAGCAGACAUAUCACAGGGAAGAGAAAUCCUAUAAAUGCCUAGAGAGUAGGAAGAGAUUCAAUAUGAGUAGAAACCUUGUUACACUUCAGAGAAACCACUCAGGCGAGAAACCGUAUAAAUGCUUGAACUGUGGGAAAACCUUCAGUAAGAGCUCAGGCCUUGUUAAACAUGGCAGAAUGCACGUGGUGGAGCGACCUUAUAAAUGCCUGGACUGUGGGAAAACCUUCAUUCAGAGCUCAGAUCUUCUUAUACACCAGAGGCUGCACACAGGAGAGAGACCUUAUAACUGCCUCGAGUGUGGGAAAAGAUUCAACGUGAGAUCAAACCUUAUUAAACAUCAGCAAAAACACACAGGAGGGAAACCCCAUAUUUGCUUGGAUUGCGGGAAGUGUUUCAGUCUGAGCUCCUACCUUAUUACGCAUCAGAGACUGCACACGGGAGAGAGACCUUAUAAAUGUCUUGAGUGUGGGAAAAGCUUCAGUAACAGUGCACACCUUAUUAAACAUCGCCGAAUUCACACUGGAGAGAGACCAUAUAAAUGUCUUGAGUGCAGGAAAAGUUUCAAUCAGAGCUCACACCUUACUGUACAUCAGAGAACGCACACAGGACAAAAACCCCAUACAUGUUUGGACUGUGGGAAAAGUUUUAGUCAGAGAUCGGUCCUUCUUAGACAUCAGAGAAUCCAUACAGGAGAAAAACCUUACACAUGUUUGGACUGUGGGAAAAGUUUUAGUCAGAGAUCAUCCCUUCUUACGCAUCAGAGAAUCCAUACGGGAGAGAAACCCCAUACGUGUUUAAACUGUGGGAAAAGUUUCAUUCAGAAAUCACACCUUACUACACAUCAGACAAUCCACGUGGGAGAGAAAACCCAUAAAUGUUUGGACUGUGGGAAAAGCUUCAGUAACAGUUCCUACCUCACUAAACACCGGAGAAUCCACAAGAGUGGGAUACCCUAGAAAUACACCAGUGGUGGAAAAAGAUUCAGUGGGAACUCACGCAUCAGAGAAUUCCCACAAGAAGGAGAGAUUUUUGACUUUUAAAAAGACCUUUAAUAAAAUUGGUACACGAAACACACUGAAAACAGGAAAAAUAAAUGAUGGAUUUGAACCCAUAGAAGAGUUGAUAGUCACUGAGCAGACAGUGGAUGCAGUUCCAGGAUUCCUAGCUAAUGGCUCGUUAGG